GGUGCUUAUUAGUUUUUCUGAUAUUAUAGUGGCCUUUGUGACUUUGAAGUGUCAUGACAUUAUUAAUAUGUGAAAAUAUUAGAAAAACAUAUCUAUAUAUCUGUUAUGCUGAAGAAUAUGCUUAACCUACCAAUGUAUGUCAUGCUUUUUAAAUUUUAGUUUUAGUUUUAUGUAUUUUAUUGUAUGAAUGUUUGGACUCCAUGUAUGUCCAUGCACUAUGACUGUGCCUGGUGCCUAUGGCAAUCUGAAGAGGGCAUUGGAGCUUCUGGAACUAGAGUCAAGGUCAAUUGUGAGCCACCAUGUAGGUGCUGUGAAUCAAUCUAGGGUCCUCUGAAAAAGCAGCAAGUGUCCAAACUGUAUUCCAGCCUCUUCCAUUUUCUAGCCUCCUCAGUGAUCCGUAUUUGAUGGCAGUAGUAAAACAACUGUUCACUAAAUAAUAUCCUCCAUAUAUAGCUUCUUUAUUAUUUUAUACUUUGUGUGUGUGUGUGAAUAUAGGGCCUUACCCAUGCAAGUCAAGUGUUUUCUGUAACCCCACUCUUCGUUUGUUUUGAGACAGUGUCUCACCAAGUUGCCCAGGCUGACCUUGAACUCAUUCUGUAGCCUAGGCUGGCCUUUAGUUUGCUGCUCUUCUGUCUCAGCAUCCCAAGCGGGUGGCAUUAUAGGACUGAGCCACGCAGCCUCUUUUCUUAUUUUAUAUCUGCUGUUUAAGAAAUAUAAAUGUUUUGUUUAAGAAAACUCCACUUUAAUUCAGAAAACAUUAACAAAACUCUGGUUAGAGAGUUGGCAAGAAGGCUUAUUAGCCAGUAAAAGUGUUGAUAACUGGUAGUAGAAAUAUUUAAAACCUAGGUUGGGGUUUCUAGCCCACCUUUUGUUAUUGAGUUCCCAGAUGAAAGACACACAGCCUUUGUAUUUACAGUAAGUCCUAAACAGCACAAUAGCUGGGCAGCUGCCUGCUGUCCUCCAUGCUGUUAGAAUCUUUCCUUGUUACUAUUCACUGUUUUGUAUCGGGGCUGCUCUUAAUUCCAAUUGGGCAGCCCUCAGGACCUCACUCUCUUGACCCUUAACCCAUGGCAGCUUCUUCCUCCUCUACUGCACCUUCUUCCUCAUGAUCCUCCUCUCUCCCCAAACCCAUGAAACCUAAACCUCUCCUUUGAUCCUUCUGCCCAGCUAUUGGCUGUUAGCAUCUUUAUUCACCAAUCAGAAUUAACUUGGGGGCAGGGUCAUAGGGGCUAUGUGCAGACUCCUGGUCUUGGGGGCCUGCACUUAGCAUUACAAUAGAGAGUAAAAGACAAAACCUCCACAACCUGUUUGAAACCCUUGGACCUAUGUGGUAGAAGGAAGGAACAGACUCCUGAAGUGCCCUUUGACCUUUCCAUGUGCACUGUUGUGUUCAAGUAUGUGUAGACACACAUGGGUGGGGGAGAGAAUAAGUGUGUAUGUCUAUGUGUAAGUGUGUAUGUAUAGACACAAAUGGUAGGGGCCGGGAGAAUGAAUAUGUGAGUGUCUUAAAAACAGAACAAAACCAGUCAGUUUCUGAUUAAGAGAGAUAUUAAUGCAGUAUUAGCAGACUAAAACUUCAUUGCCCACCUUACAAUGUUUGCCUUAAAUAAUUCACCUUUUUCUGUUAUUAGAGACUUGCUGAUGUCAAGGAAAACAAACAUUGUAAAAAGAGAGAUGCCUAAGUGUAGUUUUAUACUUUCCAUGGAGAAGGGGAAAAGAGAAAGUAUGACUAUUCAGAUACUUUAGUCAGUCUUGCUGUGUAGGGUAGGCUGGCCUCAAACUCGGGCCCUGGAACUCCUGUAUGCUGAUGUUAAAGGUGUUUACUAACAGGCCUGACAAAUGGAUAUAGUUUAAAAUAUUAGCUUAGCUUCCUGUCACCUGGAAGUUUUCACCAUGGUCCUCAGGCUUAUUCUGCUAUGUUCUUGUAUUGAAAGCAUAAAUUCUUUUCAGAGAACUUUGGGUUCUUCACAUACACACUAGUUAUGCUUAACAGUCCUAGUCCUUCCGAUGAGACUGUAGAGAAGCAGAGAGCCAUGCCUGAGAAACGGAUGUCUUUACUCCUAACAUGCAGGCGGAGGCAGACAGAGUUCUGUGAGUUUAAGACAAGCCUGGUCUGGCAAGUUCCAGGCUAGCCAAGACUACUUAGUGAACUGAAAUGAAAGUGAAAUGAAACGAGCUGGGGUGAAGGUAAUUAUGUUGGCCAAAAGUAUACUUUGCUCUGAAAAUGAUUCUGUAGUUGUAUUGUUCUAGAGGAGUAUGGUUAGCCUUUAGACACAGCAUCGGUUUUUUAUCCUUUAUUCAAAAUUUAUUGGCAGCAAGAGAGUGAUGAGCCAGACUGAAAUGGGUAGUAGAAUGCUGUGUGCUCAGCUGGGCAUGGUGGUGGGCACCCAAGGAAUUUUAAUCUGCAUUAUGCUAGUCUCAAAGUUAGGAGCCUCAGCUAUCCUUCAGUCAGGUCUAUGAAUCUUACUAAAAACACCUAGUACAAGCAGCCUGCGUUCAGACUCUUCUGCUCUAGCCAUCUCCAACUCUAGGUUCUUUGUAAGUAGGAACUUAGCAGGACUUGAUGCCGUUCUCCACUCGUGCACACGCUGCUCACACAGAGACAUUGUACAUAGCUCCCGUGUGCCACCCCUCAAAAAACAGCCUUGUUUUAUCAUGUCUUCAAGUAAAGGAUCUCCCUCUCCCACGAUUUGUUGCUUCAAAGAAUGAACAGGAAUCUCGCCUUGCAGCCUCCUAUUCUUCAGAUUCUGAAAACCAGGGCUCUUACUCGGGUGUGAUCCCCCCUCCUCCCGGCAGAGGCCAAGUCAAGAAGGGGCCUGGAAGCCAUGACGCGGUUCAGCCUCGUCCGUCUGCAGAGCAGCAGGAACCUGUGUCUCCAGUAGUUUCACCCCAGCAGUCCCCACCAACUUCUCCCCACACAUGGAGGAAGCACAGCCGCCAUCCCAGUGGGGGGAAUAGUGAGAGACCUCUUACAGGACCGGGGCCAUUCUGGUCUCCUUUUGGUGAUGCACAAGCAGGCUCCUCUGCUGGUGAUGCGGUGUGGUCUGGACAGUCCCCGCCUCCACCUCAAGACAACUGGGUCAGUUUUGCAGAUACUCCACCAACCAGUGCUCUUUUAACCAUGCAUCCUGCUUCUGUCCAGGACCAGACGACAGUACGGACUGUAGCCUCAGCUGCAACUGCCAAUGAGAUCCGUAGGCAAUCCAGUAGUUAUGAGGAUCCCUGGAAGAUAACAGAUGAGCAGAGACAGUAUUAUGUAAAUCAGUUUAAGACCAUUCAGCCUGACCUAAACGGAUUUAUCCCAGGAUCUGCAGCUAAAGAGUUUUUUACAAAAUCAAAACUUCCUAUUCUUGAACUUUCUCAUAUCUGGGAACUCUCAGACUUUGAUAAAGAUGGCGCAUUGACACUGGAUGAGUUUUGUGCUGCUUUUCAUCUGGUAGUUGCUAGAAAAAAUGGCUAUGACCUACCAGAGAAACUCCCUGAAAGCCUGAUGCCCAAGCUGAUAGACUUGGAAGAUUCGGCAGAUGUGGGGGAGCAGCCAGGUGAGGUAGGUUACUCAGGCUCUCCUGCAGAAGCACCUCCAAGCAAGUCACCGUCGAUGCCGUCCCUGAACCAGACAUGGCCAGAGCUGAAUCAGAGCAGUGAGCAGUGGGAGACAUUUAGUGAACGCUCUUCAAGCUCACAAACUCUGACCCAAUUUGAUUCUAACAUUGCACCAGCUGAUCCUGAUACCGCUAUUGUGCAUCCAGUCCCCAUCCGCAUGACUCCAAGCAAAAUCCACAUGCAGGAAAUGGAGCUGAAGAGAACAAGCAGCGAUCACACUAAUCCCACCAGCCCGUUGCUUGUGAAACCAUCUGACCUUUCAGAAGAAAAUAAAAUCAAUUCAUCAGUAAAAUUUCCUUCUGGAAAUACCGUAGAUGGGUACAGUAGCUCAGACUCUUUCCCCUCUGACCCGGAGCAGAUUGGGAGCAGUGUAACUCGUCAAAGGUCUCAUUCAGGAACGUCACCUGAUAACACUGCGCCACCACCUCCCCCUCCCAGGCCACAGCCUUCUCAUUCUAGAUCAUCAUCUUUAGAUAUGAAUCGGACCUUUGCAGUUACCACAGGACAACAACAGGCUGGAGUUGUUGCCCAUCCUCCUGCAGUGCCUCCAAGACCUCAGCCCUCACAGGCACCCGGUCCUUCUGUCCAUCGCCCAGUGGAUGCAGAUGGUCUAAUAACUCACACUAGUACCUCACCUCAGCAGAUACCAGAACAACCAAAUUUUGCAGAUUUCAGCCAAUUUGAAGUAUUUGCUGCAUCAAAUGUCUCCGAAGAACAAGACAGUGAAGCUGAGAAACAUCCUGAGGUCUUGCCAGCUGAGAAAGCUUCUGACCCCUCAAGCUCUCUUCGGGCUGCCCAAGCGGACAGUAAAGCUGAAGAAAAGACAGCUACUAAUGUUCCUGCCAAUGUGAGCAAAGGCACAACACCUCUGGCUCCACCACCAAAACCUGUUAGAAGAAGAUUAAAGUCAGAAGAUGAGUUACGGCCAGAUGUGGAUGAGCAUACGCAGAAGACAGGCGUCCUAGCUGCUGUUCUAACAUCACAGCCUUCUAUUCCCAGAUCUGUGGGGAAAGAUAAAAAGGCUAUCCAGGCAUCCAUUAGACGAAAUAAGGAAACCAACACGGUUCUGGCCAGGCUGAACAGUGAAUUGCAACAGCAAUUAAAGGAUGUUCUGGAGGAGAGAAUCUCCCUGGAAGUUCAACUGGAGCAGCUCCGACCGUUUUCUCACCUCUGAGCCAUCGCCGUGAACUGUGAACGUGCCCAUUCUUAAGCAGUUCAGGGUUAGAGCCUAUUUGGAAACCCAGACAUUCAGCUCACUGCUUAACUGAACAUAAAUUUUAUGAUUUGUUUUACCCUAUAUGUUCACCAUUGUAUUUAAGUAUCUUUUAUUUUUUAAUUUCAAUAAAAGGGUCAGGAGGACUUUCUCUGGA